CUCACCAUCAUGUCUGUCGACACUUUACCUCGCUCACUCGCCCACACAACCCUCUUCGGUGCCGACACCUUAUAUCACUCACUCGCCCACAUAACCCUCUCCGAUGCCAAGGGACCCUCACCCGCUUCAUGCACUACGAGCCACGAGAAGGACCAAUUUAUGCAGGCCUACGACGAACUAUGUAAAAAGAUAUUAGACGAGUAUGACGAAGAGAACCGUCGGGAAUUUGAGGAAGAUCUGGAGAUGUUGGAAGAUUAUGGCGAUCCGAAGGAAGUAGAGAGGAUGAAGCAGACUGCGUUGGAGCAGAUUGCUGAGGACAGGGCGGAGCUCGUUGAGUCCCUGGAACAAGGCCGUCUUUAUUUUUUACGCACCAGUGAGUUCCUUUAUGCUGUUCAAUUGAAGAUGACUCUAGAAACUUGAGAAGCACAGUGAGGUGGCGAUAGCAACGAAACGGAGGCGAUUGUCAACGAAAGCAGCAGUGGAACAGAGCCGAUUGUUGUAGAAACUGUGUAUAUGCAAGAAUGUGUAUUAGGCAAAGUCACAUAGCAAUCGAAGCUUGAAUGAAGGAAUUGACGGCCUUCUUGAGCUGAGCCUGCGUCGUGUUUCUAAAGCGCCGUCCAGACUUGAGGAGUAACGGCCACAGCCAAAGUGACAUAUACUUGUACUUCCUUUCUCCGAAAGGCUUUUCCUGAGUGCCCAUCGAACUCUCGAAGAAGGUUGGAGGAAAGUGACUAACUGCGGC